AUGUCCGCGCCAUACCGCCAUCCCCAUUACGGCGCAAGCUCGAGCCAUCAUCCACAAUGGGUUCGAGGGAGCCAGGAGCAGGACGCAUAUGCUUAUGAGCAAGGCUAUGCCUACGACCAAUAUCCAGCAGAGUACCGUGACCAGCGUACUUACGACCGAGACUACUACGAUGCCUAUCCGUCGGCGUACGGGGAGUAUGACCAGCGCGUAUACAGCGAUGCGCAGGGCUACGAUUGGCGAGACGGCUACGAACAAGCUCACGCAUAUGCUGCGCCGUGGACAAACGGUGGGUACGAUGCGCACCCUCAUCAUAUGUCUGCAUAUCAGUCGCCGCAUCCAUACCCACACGAAGCACACGCACGGCAACCAUAUGCACCUUCGCAUCCGCCAAAUGAAGUCUGGAGCAACGCGCAGGCUGCGCUGAAACACGUCGACGGUGCGCCUGCUGCGCCCAAGAAGAUGCGCGACGCAGCUGCCUUUGGAAGCGAAUGGCCGGGCGCCCAUCCUCCCUCGCACGACUAUAAGUACAACGGUUUCCAGCAGCAGCAGCAACGGGACUACCACUCGCAAGCAUCCGCUGCUGGUUCCUCGCGAUUCCAGCCGUACGAUCGCAACUCAUCUUCAGCGCCAGGGACGCCUACGCAUCCAUCCAUGUAUCGACCUGCGCCGGCGCACCGGCUGCCACCGGCGAUACGUGCCGCUCCCAGACCGACCUAUCUGAAGCAGGCCAAGCAGGCCUCGAGGCAGCUAAGCGAUGAGGAAGCGCGAGAUCGGAAGCUGCUCGUCGUUCUCGACCUCAACGGCACGCUCGUGUUCAGGGCAAAGAGCGGCAACGGCAGGGCACUCGAUUCGGUGCGUGCGGUACCGAGACCCUUUCUGCUGUGCUUUCUGCAGUACUGUCUGGGCGUCUCAUCUCACGACUCGGAAUCGCCAUCCACCAGCAACAAAGGCAAAGAGGUGCACAUCAACAGCCGUCCGCACGGCUCGCACUUCUGGCAGACCUCCGCUUCCACCGACGACAACGCUCCCAUUUACGAACCAUGCUCGUCCGGCAAAGCCGAGGUCAUCGUCUGGUCCUCCGCCCAGCCCGCCAACGUGGACAGCAUGGUCCGCGCGUCCUUCGACGAGUCGGUGCGCUCGCAAGUCCUUCGCGUUUGGGCACGCGACACGCUCGUUCCGCACCGCUUCUACUCGGGCAAAGCCGAGUCCAUCAAGGACCUCGAGAUUGUUUGGGCCGAGCUCAACGCUUUUGCCGCCGACCAGCCUAGUCCGGGUCGACUGAUGGCCCAGGCGAGGGAUACGGCGGACCAGGCUCGACCGGACGACGUACUCCCGCCCACCGCACCCACCGCGCCCAAGGCGGAUAAGAAGUACAAGGGCAAGAAAAACAAGGAGAAGAAUCGACUCAUCGCAGCACAACAGCAGAAGGCGCAGCGGUCGGCGGCAUGGGAGGCGGCUCAGGUGGCCGAGAAACUCGGUCCUUGGGGAGUGGAGAAUACCGUGCUGGUCGACGAUAGCGUGGCCAAGGCGAGACUGCAACCGUUCAAUCAGCUGGUGAUUCCCGAAUUUGGCAAGGAGGAUGCGGGGAGGAUGAAGAAGUUCAUUCGUCAGCAGUUGGCGAGGGAUGGUGUAGAGGUGGAAGUGGCAGAGGAGGAGUUGGAGUACGAUUCGGAUCUGUCCAUCCCCAACGAGACAGGUACUGAGACGGCGAUGGAGGACGGAAAGGAGGAAGAAUGUGCGGAGGAGAAGAAGGCGAGCAAGAAGAAGCCCAUUCCGGAGAGCCGCCUGGACGACGUGCUGCUGCAAACCAUCGGCGUACUCGAGACGCUCCGCUACCAGUCCAACGUCAGCGCUUUUAUCUGCAACGGAGGGAUCAAGGGGUAUGGCCAGCCAAAGACCGCGCUCAACGACGUGCAGAGGGAGGACAAGGUCAAGGAAGGAAAGACGCCCGAGUUCUGGGCGGACAAGGGCAGAGAGGUAUGCGAGAAGCUGGGCAUCGAGGUCAGGGCUUGGUCCGCGGGCAAGGCUGCUUCCGCCACCGCGGCGCUGCUGUGA